AAAACAAAUGUCUCCAAACAUUGGAUAAAAAGUUGCCUAAAUGAAAGAAUGAGUAUGAGCCCCUCUACCUUUGGGGAACCCUCUCUGGCUCUCUCCCAAAUCCUCAACUACGAGGCUGGCUAUCGUAUAAACUUCCAAACUUUCAACUUUCAACCAAUAUUUUCUCAUCCUGCUUUCCUAUCUGCUCUGCUUAUCGUGGGUUUUCCCAUUUUCCUUUUUGUUUCUAGACCGUUAAAAACCUGAUCGAAGUAUCAAAAGCCCAACGUUUUUCCUGUAUUUUCCUUCGUUUUCUUACUCUUUUUCCUGGGCUUUCUCGUUCAUUGCCUCGUUGAUUUCAACUGGGUUUCUUGCAAAAAUGGGUAAGAAUCAAGCUUACAAAGCUAUGCAGAGAGCGAGGUUGGGAUCGAGCUCUGCGGGGCCCGAGGAGAUCGAAGACGGCAUGGUGGAUGGUUCAUUUCAUUCACCAGCGUGGCAUGCUGCUCGUUUGGCUAGCCUUAACACUUCUCACACAAUUACCUGGGAGGAGUUCAAAAGAAAGCAAAAGGAAGACGAAAUACGAAAGGGGGAGUUAGAAGCAGAUAAAGAUAGAAUGAUGAGAGAGUACAGGGCCCAGCUCGAUGCUGAAAGGGCACACAAGCUUGCUCAUGGAAGGAACCAUUCUAAAAGUAGGAAAGACAAAGAUUCGAAAAAAAGGAGCAGCAAAAAGAGAAAGCACUCAAGGAGAUCUCCCCCGAGUUCCUCAAGUUCAUCGUCUGAAUCUUCUAGUAGUGAUGAUGAAGAGAGAGAGUCAAGAAGAUCAAAAUCCAGGUCUAAGAGAACAAAGAAGGAAAGGAAACAUAGGUCAAGAUCGAAACGCCCGAGCCAUAGCAAUGAAGAGGCGGAAGGGCCAGUGCCACUGUCCGCAUUCUUUGGGAGCGUGAAGAGCUGAUGAUGCCCUUGUAGGAGAACACUAUUUUGAGUCAUUUGUAUUUUUAAAGAUUCUUUCCUUCAAACAGUAGAUGAGUGAAUCCAUUCUCCCUUUGCUUUUGGUGGAAAUUGGGCCCUCUUGUUAUCUAGUUUUAUUUUAUCAUAUUUAUUUUCCUUUUAAUUUCUUUACGAGAAAUAAUUUAAUUUGAGUAUUUAGCACUGUAAUAUUUGAUGAUUGAUGUGGCGUGUUAAAAACUUUGAGCAGAGAAAUUGGUCA